AUGCUCGAGCUUGCGCUCGCCGGCGGGCGCGUCGCGGAGCCGCCGCGCGCUCUGCCGGCGCCGCCGCCGCCGCCGCCGCGGCAAGAAAAGGGCGCCCCCGGCGGCGGCGGCGGCGCCUCAGACGACGAUGACGAGGAGUCUCCAGCCAGCCUCGCGUUAUGGGACGCUACGCCGGCGGCCUGCGCCGCCUGCCCCGCCCUGUGGCGCCUGCACAUUGCCUGGGAGCUGUCCCAGGGCCGCGCGGAAGCCGCGCGGAAGCUGCUGCUCCGCGGCGCCCACGAGUGCCCGGGUGCCAAGGCGCUGUGGCUGGGCGGCCUGCGCGCGCUGUGCGGCGGCAUGGCGGCGCGGGAGCUGUCGGGGCUCAUGGGCGCCAUGCAGGAGCGGUUGAUGCUCCGGACGGAAGUCCUGGAGGUGAUGCUCGCCGCCUUGGACUCCGAGGGGAUCGCCCACGAGGUUGCCGCGGCGGGCGCCCCGGAAAUGUAA